AUGUCGCUCAACUAUGAUCCUGACCCAGCUGCCGUGCCAAAUGGGCACUGGGGCACGGUUUUCCUGUCUCUCCGUGAUGCAGCGGCACGAGUCCCCAUCAAUUUCAUAACAGGCCCCGGAGCCCAUCUGACAAAGGCAUGCUUUUCUGAUGGAGUCUACGACGACAUUCCCACUCAGACGUGCAUUUCCGACCUUCUAGCGAGCCAGUUCCAACAUCUCAUCCUCGAUUUGUAUUGGGACAACAUCAACCGUCAAUUCAAUCUGUGUCCUGUCGAACUCCCACCACUGGCUGGUAAUGCCACCAGUGGUUACAGUGUCGACCUGUCAGCUUUGUCUUCAAUCACCGCCACCAGCGCCGCAGCCUCUACUUUUAUCCCCGAUGAAACCGUCCCGGCCAUCAACGCGCUUGCUGAUCCUCGGCUCGGGAAACGACAGACUUCGAGUAAUGCUGGUUCCUCGACUCCCAGUCCGACGCCGACCGGAACCGAGACAAGUGCAGCGCCAGUUCCAACCACAACGGGUGUUGACGGCACCUCAUUGCUCGAGCUGGGACCGUACAAGUGCAGCUUGGACUUGAAUUUGGAUGCGCUAAUGUCUUUGUAUGAGGACUAUUUUGAUCAAACCUCCGACACGAUCACUGCGCGAUUACACUAUUUGACCAUCAAUCUUCACGCUGCUUCUCCCUUCACUGCCCCCUUAGAUCCCGCGCGGACUCCCGCGAACGGACGACUACCCGAUUCCGACGACCUGGUUGGCUCGCAGCUCAAGUCCAGAUUUCCCCAAGCGCUUUUCACGCCUGACGAAUUACAGAACGACCGUGAUCACCUCAACCGAUCCUGGUUCCAUGAUGACUUUGGUGCCAACACAGACACUAGUUAUUUCAGUACGUCUGGGCAAGGGGAUGAUUCCAUCACUCAGAAUGGCUGGCCGGGUGGUGAAUGGAUUAUUCUUACCGACAACAGGCGACUUCUCGUGAGUUGGGGCGACGUUGAUCCACAGAUGAAGGGAUACGAUUUUCAGGAUGAUUCGAAUCACAUCUUUGCUGCAGGGUAUAUACAGUCGAGGUAUCCGAAGAAUGGCGAUGGUGACGGCAACCUGACAGACGCCUGUUUCUACAAACCAGGCGAAACGACUGUCUCCCAAGUCAAUUCAUCCUGGGCCACUGCGACUAUCAGCGAGACAAAUAUGGACACCUUGUCGAGCCUCGGCCAGAAUUUGACUUCAUGCGGCAUAUCUCCGAUAUUGAACGUCACCCUCGGAAACUCCGCUGUGCAGCACAACUUAGACCUGUACCAGAGGUUUGCUCAAUCCACUGCUUUCGGAUGGGCCUCCGGAGAGCCACUCAACGUUUCUGAUAAUGAUUAUCGAUGUGCUGUGAUCGAUACGACCAGCGGAUAUCUGGGACGUUGGCGGAUAGAUCCAUGCUCGAAGAAGCACCGGGCCGCCUGCCGCAUUGCCAGUCAACCAUAUGCCUGGCGACUGUCCACGUAUACAGUGCCCUUUGACGCAGCCCCAGAUGCUUGUCCCGAAAAUACGAUAUUCGAUCUACCCCGGACGGGGCUGGAGAACACAUACUUGCAUCGUCAAAUCUUGAACGACACCAACACAGGCGGUGACGAUGUCGACUCCAUCCUCUCUGGAGUGUGGAUCAAUUUCAACUCCCUUGACCAAGUCAACUGCUGGGUGACGGGAGGGCCAAAUGCGACAUGUCCAUACGUUGGCGAACAGGACAUGGACCAGAAGCGAGAAGUCCUUAUUCCGACGAUUGCGGCGUUGAUUGUGCUUGUCUUGACGGUGCUGACCUUGGUGGUGAAAUGCAAUGAACAUCGAAGGAACAGCCGAAGUCGCAGACGAGGAGAUGAUGGGUGGGAGUACGAGGGCGUGCCGUCCUGA